AUGGGGAGAACAAGAAAAAUUCCAAUGGUGAAGCGAGAAACAGCAGAGCAAAGGUCUGUUACUUUUACUAAGAGACGUCAAGGUCUUUUCAACAAAGCAGCAGAUUUAUGCAGGAUUUGUGAUGCUCAAAUUGCCAUUAUGGUCUCCUCAGCUGGGUCUAAAGAAAAAGUUUAUACCUUUGGCCACUCUUCCGUUGAUGCUGUCUUCGACAGGUUCCUCUACAAUUUUACUGCAGCCCCGGAAGCAGUAGCAUACGAAGCAGGAAUCAAGUCAGCCAGUAAUUCCCUCUAUGAAGAAAUCAAGGCAUUGGAGGGUGAUGUUAAUACUCUAAUGCGAAACAACAAGAGAAAUGGUGGAGGGGUUUUAUGGGAUUCUUUAGAGGAGAUUGAGCGGUCUAGUACUUCAGUUGAGGAGUUACAGAAUGUUGUAGAUAUCCUAGAAAGUUUGUUGGGUCAGGCCAAGAAUAAGAUGAAUAACGCAACUGGGAACCUUGGUAUAAGCAUUGCUGUUGAGCCAAGAUCCGAUGAUUUUUUGGCUUUAGAGCCUAAACCCCAAGAUGAUUCUUCAUCUAGCUUGGGUGGUGAUCAAAUCGGUCAGAAUUCUGCCAUUGUAGGAGAUGAUGGUGCUCAUUAUUCUGCUUCAUAUUGGAAUGCUGAUGGUUCAACUACUGAUAGUGGAAUGGAUUUUCCAGUCGAAAUCGAUGUGGAUCUUAUAUGGAAUCUCCUUGAGCCUUCUGAUUUCAGUUCGGGUUCUGACAAAGUCAUUUCCAUUAACAACAGUAGUGACUGCACUACUUCAGGGACUGCCUCUGAAUCAGCUGCAGGCUCACAAGAGAAUGAGGAUAGUAUACUUCUCACUACCAAUUUGGAUUCAGAAUUGUUCAAGGACAUCGAGCUUGUUGACUGUGGAACUUAUAAUACUACACCAGAUCCUGUCUCUGGAGAUAUUGACCAACAUUAUGCCAUGGAUGGGGACUGCAACGCCAAGCUACAUGAUUCAGCGCUGAUAACUCUUAAUAAAAGUUUUGAAGGCCCAUAUUAA